AUGUUCAAGCGGUCGUUCAGGUCCGGCAACAACACCGUCCCGGUGGCCGACCCGCAACACCGCGUGGACAAGUCUGCGAGGCUGACGAAGCGCAACGGUGGGAAUGGCGGCACGGCCGGCUCCGUGCGGGAUCCCGCGAAGCUGUCGAAGCUGCAACAGUCGCUCUCGGGCGUCGAGGAGGCCAAGCAACUGGGCCCAAGCCAAAAGUCCCUCGCGCCGUCGCCCAUCGUGACCCUCACGAUCGGCUCCGAGGGGCGGCUGUUUGCCGCGCACGAGGACGUCCUCUGCCAGAGCCCCUUCUUCGAGGCGCUCUGCAAGGGCCAGUACCUCGAGGCGCAGACGAAGAGGAUCGCGUUGCCGGAGGAGGAACCGGAGGUCUUCUCGGCGGUCUUGGAGUACCUCUACAAGGGCGACUACUACCCGCGCUUGCUUCACAACAAGCACCGAAACUCUUGGGAACUCGAGGACUCCGACCCCCGCCAAACCCCGCACGCAUCCCCCAACCUCACAGAAAACGGAGGUGGCCGCGCAGGCGCCUCCCCCUAUGUACCCUCGGCUGUCGAAGCGACCGUCUACCUCGCCAGUGAGGGCCAGCAUCUGCUGCGCGACACGGUCAUCUACUGUGCCGCGGAGCGGUACGGGCUCGAGGAGCUCAAGCGCCUCGCCCUGCGCAAGCAGGGCCUGCAGAGCGGUAUCGACGUCGGUACCAUCCUGCGGAGCGCCCAGUACUGCUACGCCCACACGCCAGACUCCGACAGCCGCCUGCGCGCUCAUUACCUGGCACUCAUCAUCCGCUGCCGCAAGACCUUCAAGAGGAGCGGCACCAUGCAGGCCGAGAUGGAGAGAGGUGGAGAGGGCGGCAAGUUGUUCUUCGACCUGUUCGUCGCCCUGUGCAACCACCUCGACGACGUCAUUGAGGCGUCGAACGCUCGCACGCCCAAGACGAUCUGA